GGGAGACCGGAUAUAGUGAAUGCAGGGUCCGGGGAGACCGGAUAUAGUGAAUGCAGGGUCCGGGGAGACCGGAUAUAGUGAAUGCAGGGUGACCGGAUAUAGUGAAUGCAGGGUCCGGGGAGACCGGAUAUAGUGAAUGCAGGGUCCGGGGAGACCGGAUAUAGUGAAUGCAGGGUCCAGGGAGACCGGAUAUAGUGAAUGCAGGGGUCCGGGGAGACCGGAUAUAGUGAAUGCAGGGUCCGGGGAGACCGGAUAUAGUGAAUGCAGGGUCCAGGGAGACCGGAUAUAGUGAAUGCAGGGUCCAGGGAGACCGGAUAUAGUGAAUGCAGGGUCCGGGGAGACAAGAGAUAGUGAAUGCAGGGUCCGGGGAGA